CCAAGGAAAUAAGUGCUUUACCACAGAAGAUCCACAGGGAUAGUCACUUUUGUGGUGUUCAGUGUUAAAGGUACAAGACAAAUGUGUGCUCCGAAGAGUAGCAGUAGUUUAUGAGAGGUCCAUUCCUCUCUGUUGAAACUCUAUCAAUCACCUUCAGGCGCGGCUGCCUUUGAGCGUCACGUGGCUGCCACACGGAUGCCCAGAACCGGUGUUGCAGGAGCCGUAGGCGCCGGAGAAGCAACAUGGGACGAUUCAAAUACUUAUAGAGAGUGUUGAUGGAGAGGACUUCGAAUGUCAGCCGGGACAGUGGUUAUCUGUGGUGGAAUUCUAGCUACAGUCAUCUUACUGACUAUCGUUGCAGUACUGUGCUACUGUAGGUUGCAGUAUUAUUGCUGUAAGAGGGAGGAGCCAGAGAGGGAGGAGGAGGAGCAACCGGACAUCACCACCAUGUCCUCUCUCCCCACACCAGUACACACAGCUGGGGACCUCGACGUGAUGACCACGCCCCCCUCCGAGCCUAACGGGCCCGCCUUUGUCUACACUCCGCCCCUGGUCCGCAAACCAGUGACACGCUCCCAUACAUUCUGCCCCUCCUGCACGCCUUACUCCCUGCCCUUCUACCUGCAGCACCCCUCUGAGAGGCUGCGUAACGGCGGUGGGCGCAUCAGCUACAGGACUGUGCAGCAGCAGGAGCUGGACCUGCCCAUGGACCUGGCCAGCUUCAACCACAAGCUCAACCUCAUCCGCUCUGUCACCAUGAGGGAGGUGGUCACCCACAGCCACAGUGUCAGCACUGACGUGUAGCCCCCUGGUGGCUGGGAGGACCAAUGUCAGGGACCUGACCUGGCUGGAGGGAAUUUGAUUUAACUCUUACUUAGUGUAGAUAUUUUCCACCUCAACAAAUCGAUGGGUAUGUUCACUCACUCACAUGAUGUAAAGAGUUUUUUUUUUGGUCUCACGUGUAGAUAUAUGGACACCUAGUCCUGAAUUCACCUUUUUCUUUUCUCACGUCAUGCUUUCACUUCACAGGUUAAUUUGUCAGUAUGUUGAUGGCAAUGUGUCAAUCUGCUCGUCUUUCUUUAGAGGAUUAUGAUUCAGACAGCAAGAACACAGCAAGGACAUGGUGUGUGUGUGUGUAGGUGUGUGUGUUUGUGUGUGGGGAAGCAGUACAGUAUUUUAAAAAGGGCUUAAUAUCAUAGGCAGCAUAGAGGAUCUGUGAUUGUGAGGGAGACAUUUUUUCUCAAGAAAAGCUUAAGCUGGCAGAACAGGGCCGCUGGAAAAUGUGUGGCGAGCUGGCAUUUGCACCAGCAUUUUUUUAAUCAGAUGUGGCAGUGCUCCACUACUUCUGAUUUAGUUUACAAAAAAAUAUUGAUGAGAAAGGCGUAAAAAAAUAGGGGAAAUGUGCAGUUUUUUUAGACCGAUUUGCCUCAUGAUUUGUCAACUCGCCCACAAUUUCUCUGUCCUUCACAUCGCUGUGCUGCUGCAGUGUCUUGACAAAAAAGAUGAACGGAAAUCACAGGUCUGGCCUGGCACACCCUCAUCUGAAUUGCCAACAACCGGAUGCACCCAGUUUUCGGGGACACAGCUAACUCAACCUAGCUUCCUUUUCCAUUGAUAACCGGAGCUCCGCUCAGGCAUUUAUUUUACACCUGCUACAUUAGGUUAGGCCAGGCACAAAGCUCAAGGCAAGCUUCACUUUCCUCAGUAUUUAUUUAGCAAAUGUGAUAACAUAUCAUUCCCGACAGACACAAGCAAAAAGUCUUUACAUAAAUGUUGUAGCAGCCUACACCUGAACAUUAGCAAUCUGACAUGCUGUAUUGCAUGGAAACGAGACGAUUCUUCAGUCUGAUCAACUGUAGGCUACUAACAACAGCAGCUGCAAACAGUCUACUACACCCUGUCCAUCUAGCCUAGCUCAACCUGCCGGCAAAUUGAGCUAUUAUUAAUUUGACUUAAUUUGUCCUCCAUUCAGGCUGCAAGGGCGUUGAUUGCCUCCUCAACAAGCUUUAAUGGUGAGCCGCCUGAAAAAAUACCCAUGAAAAAUAUGCGUACUGCCUUAAUAAAAGGGAAACACUCUUUUCACGCCACUUCAAUAACAAAUUGAUGUUUUCAUAGUAGGUUAGGAGAACAUACAGAGCAGGUUAGGAGAAUUACCAUAGAAAGUUAUGAGACUGAGGUAAAGGUUAGAAAAAGGGUUAGCAUAAAUUCUCUCUUAUCCUGCUAUGACAAUCACUUUGUAUCGGAGUGUGAAAAGAGUGUGUCCCCUUAACCCCCUCGAGUCGAUUUCCACGGCAAAAUUGUAAUUAGCAUAAUAUCAAAAUCCCCAUCAAAAUCCAUCUGUUAAAGCUAGAUAGAUUUGUUUGGAUGCUUUAGAUGCCUUUCAAUCCACCACAUUCACAUCUGUGGUGAAAGGUGGCUGAGCUACAGCAGUGUUUGGUGUUUGUCAGACCAUGAGACAUCCCGAAAAUCGGUCUUCUCACGAAAAUGUCUUUAGCGCUUUGGCCUACGCAAAAAUAUGACCCCUUCUUGUUUUGCUCUAGGACGAUUUUCAAGCCUCGCCUGAAGGUACCCUGGUACAAGUUUAAAAAAUGAAUGGAAGUAUAUAUGGAAGUAGUUUAGUGCCUAAAAUCUAGGGUUAAAUAGGUGUACAAAAAUAUAUAAAUAGUUUCCUGAUCUUUCUUAUAUCUCUCAGAUAUAUUUCAGAACAAACUUCCUUUUGAUUUUUUGGGGACUAUCUGUUGUCCCAUGCAGUGAAUCUGUUUCUGGGCUUAUAGCAGUAAGGCCAAAUUCAAUGUUUCAUCAAAUAUUUUUUUAAAUAUAUAUUUUGGAUACCUUAAGAGGUCUUAAAAUUCUAAAUCAAAUAGCAAAAUUACCAUUGGUAUGGCCAUAUUAAAACAACUCCAUAUGCUAGUUUAAUAAUCCUGUUCAUAAAACACAAUUUUCCACCACCAUGCUAGAGUGGCUGAUGCUACUUCCUGAUGUUCAGCCAAUCAAGUUGCAACAGUCGGUUGCGUACCCCUGUCUGAACGCUGUGUACAACAUCAGGAAGUAGCAUUAUCUAUUUGAAAAUGUUUUAUUAAGACAAUACAUCAUUUUUCCCAUAUUUAUUUUUUUGCCUGCUUGGCAUUAAAGCUAGUUAACAAGACAACUGACGCCUUUGCAGCCUGAAAAGAAAUAGGUUUAAUGUACGAGCCAAUGGCCAGGGGACACAAGUGUAUAGCCGGCUGAAUUACAUUUCUGUUGGACGCAGAUGACAAACGACAUACAAGGAAUAAUAACACCAUCAGCCGGUUGGUCUACCUCUGGCCGGGGUAAACGAAGUGGAAACGGUAUGUAUUUAUUGCUCCAUUUGUUUGUGUUAUAGGAACGGAUCAUAUUUGGUUUAUAUUCACACUUGGGCUGCCUAGACCUUUUCUAUCCAAAAUGAUUAACCGGAAUUAACGAGUAAACACAAUAGCUGACAUAGACUGUGAGUUCAAUGUUUUAUUAGGCCUACAGUUGCAGAGGGCAGGCCUCCAAAAUGCAAACUUGCAUAAAGCAAGCUAAGCCCUGUGAGUUCUAUUAUCCAAUCAUAUUGCUGUAUCUAUGUCUGUGUAGAGAGAAACCCUGUUAGUCUAGCUUUAAAAUAUAACUCAUAUGAACAGGUUGCUGCAGUUUGACAGGGUUUUUAUCCUCCCCACUGCCAGGUUCUUUUUCUCCUGGUUAUUAUAAACGUGACCUGAUUAGAAAACGCUGCUCUCAUCAUAGCCCAUUUUAAAGCUUUUAUUUUAUUUUUUACAACUGAUGAAUCAUGUCAUACCAUAUAAGGUCCAGAGUUUUACCUCGUUAGGUUACCAGAUCAGGAAAAACUAUGGGCCCCAGGAAAAAAAGAAUCGCCCCACCCCCUCUGGGACAUGUGGUGCCACCUCCGAGGCAUAGUAAUAACUGUGUCUGUUGUGUGAUAUCUGUACGGUACAUUUUCUUGGGGUUUAUGUAUAGGUGAUGACACAUAAGGCACUGUAAGUUGCUAAAAUAAGGACAGAACCCUAAUAUCUUGGUCUCAUUAGCCUGAUUCUCAAAUCCUCUGAAGUGUUGUUGUUUCAGUUUUGAGUGUCCUCUCAAUAUAUUCUUGAUCGAGAGGAAGCGUAACUAUUUUAAGAGCUCAUUUGGUUCAAACUUAAAGGGAAAAUAUGUUUAAAUAUAUAUUUGAAGUGAUUUUCAUGUAGCUCAUUGUCAAGUCAUAUACUUCAAGUUCCACAAUAAAAAGUUAGUGUAUGUAAAUUGAGUUGGUUGCUCUAGUAAUGUGUGUACUGUUUACUUGGCAAGUAUGGGUGGCCAAACUCUUUUUGAUUUCCCCCCAAAAAUGUAACAUGGCAUGUCUUGUUUUGAUUUAACAGUGUUUUGUCUUCUUGGUGUAUGGGAUAUUUGUGUUUUAUUUCAGCAGUAAAUGUGAGAGGGAGAGCCCUAUACAUAAACCAGCAGGUGGCAUCAGGUCCUGGUAUAUGCAUUUCCCAUCAACUACUAUGGAUGAACCAUAUGUGGAAUACAGCGUUUUACAUUGUACAAAAUAGCGUCAGCAAUAAACAGAACAAUUUGUGCAUGUUUUUUUCGUAUGCUGAACACAACAAAUCAAUCAAAGAAACAACGAUAAUUUACAGUUUUUAAUCGAAAUACAGGUAAAUACAUUGAGGACUUCAGUUAACGACAGUACAAAAGCUCAAUGAUUACUUCUUUGUACAAAGAGGUAUCAGUUACACAAAAACAGUACACUGGAUAUAUAUUGUAAAAAAUGAGACAAACUCUUCAAUGUAAUUCAACCUUUUCAAGUGUCAAGAAUAUUUCAGUCCAUGAAUGGGAUAACUGUAUGGCCAUACCAUGUGUCUUUAGUCUUAACCUUUAAAUUCACUCUCUCAUUCACACUUAACUACCUGGCAUUUAGUAACUUCAUGAAUUAUAUGCCAUGAUUGAUAAAAUCAUGUGUGAUGAGCAAUAAAUAAAUUGUAUGUUCUGCAAAAAAUAGCAGUAUGGGCCCAAUAAUAAAAACUGAAAUGGGGCAGUUACAUUGUAUUGUACUAUUUCUCAUAUCAUAGUUAAGGAUAACACUCAGUAUGGACACCUUUCCUGUGCCACACACUAAUUUAAAA